AUGCAAUGGGUGCAACGCCACGCCCUUCGUACUCAACAACUCGCUCAGAACCGGGCUUGGCGUGAGCGUCUCCACGGUCUUUUGCCUGGAACUACGAAUGCUCCAGCGUCCCAGGCUGUAGACCACGCAGACGACCUGGACAAUUUGAUCAGCGCUGCCAGAACACCCAGACAUCUCGAAUUGCAGACGUCGCCCUCGGCGAUUGCUACCUCAUCUUCGCGCAGAGUCGCCCACGGGCCUCGCGCUUCUCCGUAUCGCCUUUUCAAUCCUGAAGAGACUCUAGCAGCAGCGCGUGCUCGCGUUUCGAGAGGACGUAACGUGUACGGAAGAUACCAAGACGCGCACGUGGCAAGAUCGGCCGCAAGAUUGAGAGCUUUCCGAGAGUCGCAUAUGGCGGCGUCGUCCGACGAGCCCACACGCAAGCCUGCUAGUCCAGAUGUCAGUCAUUCAUUCAAGGGCGGACCCUCAACACCUCGGACGGACCAGAAUGCGAUCGGUUCAGGAAUGGUUGCCAGCUGGAGAGCUGGACGGCGAAAGGAUCCACCAGGUGUCAGCAUCAGAUCUGCAAGUACCAUUCCCACCACAGCGAGUACUCACGUAACAGACUCUCAGCAUACUGAAGAAGCACGAAAACAUGGGAUGUCAGCUAGUAUAGGCGGAGAGGAGCAACAGAAGGCUGUUAGACGCGUCGCGCAAGCAGGACCGUCGAGCGCUAUACCUACAAGCCAGAGCUAUUCGCCACUACGUGCACCUGGAGAGCCUUCCGAGCGCAGACCUACCAGUCCGCACCGCCACAAUCAGGACCAAGUUGCGGCAGGCGGCUCCGAGUUCACCCCGUGGCAAGAUAAGCACGUCGUAUGGGAGCAGAUGCGUCCCUCGAGCCCUUUGCCACAAGCGUUCUCCUCAUUUCGACCGGACUCGCCUGACAUAUUGCGAGACUUUCGCGAGCACAUGAAUAGAAGUGGACCGCGAGGAUACGGCCGCCCAAGGCAUUUGGGCAGACGUGGCUUGCUCGCUAAGCGUGGGUCAACGGCUUCCGAAAAACUUUUGGAGAAGCUGUUGAAUGCUGCGGGAAAGGGGAGAAGCGAAGCAGGCUCUGCUGCUCCUCCGGCAUCCGUACUCUUCCCUCAAGACCGGGACGUGCUCGCACACGUCAGGGCUAGACGCAUGCGAGGCAUUGUGCUACGGUCCAAGGCACCAACGACUACAGAGAGCACUACGAUGACCACUCACGCUGCUCACCCUGCCCAGUCAGAUCCCUCGCUUUUCGCUACCAACCAUCCCGACCGGGGCCCUGCCAUCCUCGCGGUCGAGCUCGAGGCAAAAUUGAUCAGAGAAACGGGGCGCAACAGCGCAGACGUCAUCAAAGCGAAGCGCCGAUUGAGUGGAAUAUUCUCAGAUGCACAUACACCACACAAGCUCCGCAUCCUCAGCAGCUCUUCAAGUGCAUCCAAGCUGGAACCCAAACAAGGCCACCAAAAGACUGCUAUAAAUCAUGCGACAUCGAGUCUGCAGCCCCGAUCUGUGGUCGCGGUGAGCCAGCUUUCAGCAGCGGCUUCUUCACAUGCAACGACGGCUGAAAGGCGCAUCGAAGCGCGCGGACUGGGAUCUUCCGAAAUCGAGGAAGUGAUCAGAUUGAACAAGAUGAUGGAAGCGAUGGGGACAGAGGAACGUGCUAGUCCUGCAGUCGCUGCGCAUCUGCACAAGCUGGUGCACGGCAGCGCAUCAACCUACAAAGCCCCGCAUUGGGAGCGUCGGAAGUUCGAUCUGCCGCAUUCCAUAUCACUGCCUGCAAACAAAGCGUCCACUAUGGAUUUGCAAAAGUCGGUGUCGAGUCAGUCGAGCAGCAACACCUUUGCGAGUUCUGCAUCCAUCAGGAUUAUGGCAAAUGGCGAAAAGUCGAGCCCGAGCUUCACCGCUCCGACGCCCGGCUCAUCCAGGGGGCCAAGCUUGUUGAGCUCGGGGGAGAAUAGCAAAGACAGCAUUACAGCUCAUAAGAGUCGAAGAAGCGCUAGUCUUUCAGAGUCGUCGGUGUCGUUGCCGCUGAAAAAAGCACCGUCGAUUGAAGAAAAGGGCAAGAAUGUCAAAGCGGAGCCUUUUGUCAAGCCGUCGUACAGCAAUGGGGCGCACGAUUGGCAUCGUGAUCCUCAACCUAGUUGGUACGCUGAGCAAGGUUGGCACAAGCUCGCGAGCAAAAUGGAGGACACCGGAGAGCACCAUACGGUUUCAGCUGCUCCGCGUGCACGUACACGCGCAUCGGAUCAUUCGCCGAUCGGGCAAGUCCACAGCAGCGUCUGGUUCCUAGAAGAUGGUACCCAGUAUUGGCGUGGGAUCGACUUCAAGCGUGAUCCGACGAAGGGAAAAGGCACUGCUUCUGCAAUCCGUGGACGCGUGGGAACGAAGCUCAGCAGUACUUGGAAAUCAAUCACGUCAGGUCUCGAAAGGCUAAGUGGUAGUUCUGCCGCACGAGCCAAUCGGUUCCACGAUCAAAGGCACAUUGAAGGGAGGCACAAAGACAUCAUCUAA